GACAACCGAAGACGCGCUCUGAUCAGCUGAUAACGAAAACGAGGCAAUCGCAAAGGACAUGCGCAUUUGCACUCAAAAUGAACCAACAUGGCGGAUUCACCUGGCGAGCCACCAUCUAGCGUCUCACAACCUGAACAAGUCUUGGCUCAAAAAAAGAACAAUGAAAGCAGAGACAGGAAGAGCAAUGAGAGAGAAAGAUCCCUUAAUGCAGUGAGCGCCGCGGCGAGAACAAAGCUCUCGCAAUUAAUCCAACUGGCCAGUGAGGCUGAAGAGCAAACUGAUUAUAAGAAAGUUGUGGACACUGUCUUUGACUCGCUUGUUGGCGGUGUUUUCGACCUCGAAGCGCGGUUCAACAUCAAAGAUUCAUCCGAUCUAAUAAUAUUAUUGGAGCUAUUAGAGCACUGCAAUGUAUCCUUGAAGGUUGAAAUUUUGGGAUUGCUCAUUGCAAUCUUAAGAAAGAGCAUUCCUAACUUGCAAGCAGCCACCAAAAUUGGCCUGAUUGAAAGAGUAUUAUGCCGACUUUCACAGGAAAGAGAAGUUGUAGCAGACAAGUUGGUAGAGCUCCUUGGCAUCUUAUCCAGUUACAGUAUCACAGUAAAAGAGUUGAAGACAUUGUUUGCCACUUUGAAAGGAAUAAAUGGCAAAUGGCCCUGCCAUACAGUCAAGUUAUUGACUGUCUUGAAGCUGAUGUUGGAGAAACAUGGUCCAGAUGUUUACUUCAACUUUUCUGGUCAAGAGGGAGGAGCCAUCACUUUGCCACCCAUUUCAAAAUGGCCUCUGCAGUCUGGGUUUACCUUCUCAACAUGGCUGUGUCUUGAUACAUCACACUUGGCAAAUGCAGAAAAGUGUAAACCAUACCUCUACUGUUUUCGAACUGGAAAGGGUGUUGGUUACUCAGCCCAUUUCUCUGGCCCCAUGCUUGUCCUGGAAUGUGCUGUCAAAACUGGAAAACGAGAAAACAAAGUUCUUCAUCAUCUGGUUAAGUUUGAAUUUCACCCUCAAAAGUGGUACAUGGUCACAGUAGUUCACGUGUACAACAGAUUUCAUUCCAGUGAGAUCCGAUGCUUUGUCAAUGGAAAAGUAGUGUCUACUGGGGAAACAACUCUUGUACAUGCUAAUGAGCCAUUUGACAAGUGCUACAUUGGUUCAUCACCCAAGGCUGACGUUGAAACUGUGUUCUGUGGCCAAAUGGCAGCAGUGUAUGUUUUUUCUGAAGCUCUUAAUGCCCAGACUGUUGGUGCCAUACACAGACUGGGGCCUGGUUAUAAGGUGAGAAGCUUUUUGACACCAGCAACUUAUGUCGCUUAUUGAUAAAUAAGUUCAUUGACUGAGUGAGUAAGACUGUUGGCAGUACUGGUAGUAAAAUUGACAUCCCUUCUGGUUAAACUUAAUAUUGAUUAGUAUUUAGCACACAUAUACCACCCCAUAGAUUAUGGUGCUUUUCACAAGUUGCGACUGGUUAACCUAGAGGUGACUUAAGGUU